GCCAGCCCCGGCGCACAGCCGCGGCCGAGGCGCGCGGCGCGGGGCGGAAAAGCCUGUUUACACAGACUGCACACCGCCUGGGGAAUAAUGCAGUAAAGGAAGUGAGCCGGCUCGGCCUGACUGCUCCAACUUCCUGCUCUCACACACACCAGAGGGGGAAAAAAAAAGAGGAGCGAGAGAAAGAAAAAAAAAGGGGGAAAAAUCAGGAUCUCAUUACAAGAGCAACAGACCGUCUGCAGACGCCUGUCAGCAUGGAAAGUCGGGGGCUUUCGCCCGGGUCCUCCUAGAAAUUCCCCCGAAGAAGGAUCUGAAAGCUCCCCCACAUCUGGGUAUGGAGAGUGCAAUCACGCUGUGGCAGUUCCUGUUGCAGUUGCUGCUGGACCAGAAACAUGAGCAUUUGAUCUGCUGGACCUCGAACGAUGGUGAAUUCAAACUUCUCAAAGCAGAAGAAGUGGCCAAGCUGUGGGGACUCCGAAAGAACAAGACAAAUAUGAACUACGAUAAGCUGAGCAGAGCCCUGAGAUACUAUUAUGACAAGAACAUCAUCAAGAAGGUGAUUGGGCAGAAGUUCGUGUACAAGUUUGUCUCUUUCCCGGAGAUUCUGAAGAUGGAUCCUCACGUGGUGGACAUCAGCCGGGACAGCCUGCUGCUGCAGGAGGGCGACUGCCAGGUGCCCCCCAAGGGCCGCGAGGGCCACAAACACGGCCUUUCCGCCCUCAAGAUUACCAGCCGUAACGAGUAUAUCCACUCAGGCCUGUACUCGUCCUUCACUAUUAAUUCCCUGCAGAACCCACCGGAUGCCUUCAAGGCCAUCAAGACGGAGAAACUGGAGGAGCCACCCGAGGACAGCCCCCCGGUUGAAGAAGUCAGGACUGUGAUCAGGUUUGUGACCAAUAAAACCGACAAGCACGUCACCAAGCCAGUGGUGUCCCUGCCCUCCACAUCCGAGGCCGCGGUGGCAUCUGCUUUCCUGGCCUCGUCUGUCUCGGCCAAGAUCUCCUCUUUAAUGUUGCCAAAUGGUGCCAGCGGUUCGUCCACCUCUCCCUCCUCGUCUCGGUCCCCGUCCCUGUCCCCCAGCUCGCCCCUCCCUUCUGAACACAGAAGCCUCUUCCUGGAGGCCGCCUGCCAUGACUCGGAUUCCCUGGAGCCCUUGAACCUGUCAUCGGGCUCCAAGACCAAGUCUCCAUCUCUUCCCCCUAAAGCCAAAAAACCCAAAGGCUUGGAAAUCUCUGCGCCACCGCUGGUGCUGUCGGGCACCGACAUCGGCUCCAUCGCUCUCAACAGCCCUGCGCUCCCCUCGGGGUCCCUCACCCCUGCCUUCUUCACUGCUCAGACACCAAAUGGACUGCUCCUGACCCCGAGUCCACUGCUGUCCAGCAUACAUUUCUGGAGCAGCCUCAGUCCGGUUGCUCCCCUGAGUCCUGCCAGGCUGCAAGGACCAAACACACUGUUCCAGUUCCCCACACUGCUUAAUGGUCACAUGCCAGUGCCAAUCCCCAGUUUGGACAGAGCUGCUUCUCCAGUCCUGCUUUCUUCCAACUCUCAGAAAUCCUGAUGACGUCUCGCCACAAUUAAGGACUCAUUAACUGGUGAAACAAAAGUGUCCCCAUGUGCUAGUUUACCUGUGUCAUGGGAAAGAUGUUGUGAAACCCUGUUAAUUUGGUUUGCACUUUUCAUAACAUGGAUAGUCUAGAUUUAUGUUAGCAUUUUAAAAACUGUUUUUUUUUAUAUAUUCAAGUAUAUAUGAAAAUCUGUUUUGCAUUAAGUGAAUUUUAAUGUUUUUGUUUUUAUAUCUUCUUAGCUCUUAAAUGUUGAACACUGUUGACAGUGAGGAACUUUUUUUUAAUGGUUUUCAUUAUAACUAAUAAGGAUGUGAAGCUUUUUUUCUCAUUAAUUCUGCAUAUGCUGAACUGUGCUUAUAUACACUAUAACCAGCUGUGCCUUCUUUCCAUUUAGUUUUAUGUAAAUGGUUUAUAUAUUUUUUAGUAUUAAGAGAAAAUGUUUGAAAGAGAAAAAUGAGUUAUCAAACAGCUCUCUAUUAGAAUUUCAUUAUUUUUCACAAGUGGGCAAUAUGAAAGCAUAUUCAUAUCACUUUUUCCUUUUUUGCUUUCAAUUGUAUAAAAUUUGCCUUAGAACCUCUUUUGAACUGAAAUCCAGUAAAUGUAAUGUCCAAGUAAUGUUUUUGUAAGAAUGAACUAAGCCAUAUUUAGACAAUAAACAU